CGUCAAGUUGGACACAUUUGUUUUUUAUUCGCGUUCUAUUUUUGUGUGUGACGGUUCCGUCCGGCUGAAGAAAGAUAUUUUUUCCAAAAUCUUGAUGAAUUUCAUUUAGAUUACCGAAUUAUUUCGAGGACAUCUCCAGAUUGCACUAAAAUAUCGAUAUGCAGAACGGAGAGAGUACAUUGGCGGCCGGGGAAACCAGUCCAGCCAAGAAGCAGGUGCCGGAGGAGAUAACGAAGCAAUCCUUUCGCCACAAAGUAUGGCGGCACCUUGAGAGCAACAGCCUGGCCUUGUUCCCCAGGCCCGUGUACAACAGGAUCCCGAACUUCAAGGGAGCCAACGAGGCGGCAGCCAAGCUAGCUGAAUUGGACGUCUUCAAGAACGCCACCACGAUCAAAGUGAACCCUGAUAAGCCGCAGGAGCCUGUGAGAGUGCUGUGCUUAGAACAGAAGAAGACACUGUAUGUGCCAGUGCCUCGGCUUCAGAACGGGUUCCUGAACCGUCUUGAGUUACCCGAAGAGGAGAAUGGACAGGCAGCCAUCAAGCAGGCCGUCUCCAGGAAAGGAAUGGAGACAUUUGGGAAACCAAUUGGUAUUGAAGAGUCAGUCUCACUCGAUUUGGUCGUGAUGGGCUCUGUUGCCGUCUCCAAAGAGGGGUAUCGCAUCGGCAAAGGAAGAGGCUACGGCGACUUGGAGUUCGGUCUGAUGAUGCACAUGAAGGCUAUAAAGCCCAACACCAUAGUGGUGACCACCGUUCAUGAUUGUCAGGUAUUUGACACGCUGCCUGCUGAGCUGUUUGGCCCGCACGAUGUCCCUAUCGACAUCAUCGUCACGCCAACCGAGGUGAUUGAAACCCAGCGCAUGAGUCAGCGUCCGGUGGGCAUUUUGUGGCAUCUGCUGUCCAACCGCCGGCUGCAGCUCAUGCCUGUGCUGGGUCAGCUGAGGGACAUCGAGAUGCUUGCCGGGCGUUCCUGCGUGCUGAAGGAAGUGGACACGGACGUGGAGGACCGCGGCACCACGCGCCCGCGCAAGCUGCGCCGCCGCACGCGGUCUCACAAGAGCCAUAGCGAAGGGGAGGGCAACACGACGGAAGGCGACGACGCGAAGUCGGGCAAGCCGCGGCGCGCCAGCCGCCGCCGCAACAGCCACAAGGCCGCCGCCAACACCGCCGCCGCCAGGGACGACGGCAAGCGGGACGAGCGACACAGGAGGCCCAAGCGGCCCAAGCCUGUCAUCGACUUCUCCGUCAAGAUAUCCAACAUUGGCCCGAACACCCGAGUUCGCGACCUGAAGCAAGCGUUGUCUGAACGCGGAGUGAAACCUCAAGUGAUGGUGUGGAAGGGCUUCCGGGGAUUCUGCUACCUGCACUUCUUCAAGCCUGGCCCGCAGAAGGGCGAGGGCGACGCGGCGGCGGGCGCGGCCAGCAUGGCGGGCGUGCUGGCGGCGCUGGCCGCCAUGUCGCUGGGCGGCGCCGACGACGACAAGCCGCGCCUGCUCACCGUGGAGCCCGCGCCGCCGCGGAACGCCGAGGCGAAUCAGGAGCCGGUGGCCGUCGCCCAAUGACUUGUUACAGCCGACAACGACUUGACACGAACCCCUUUUGUUUCCGAUACACGCAUAUAAAACGUUGCUCGCUUGGUUGCACCGGAAACGGCUUAGCCGUCGCAUUCCGACACUAAUCGUUUAGAGUUAAGGUUGAUUUUCCUUUGGCCCGGCCGUUAAGAGCGAUUGCCGGUCGUAUAGUACUCGAUUUCCAAGUUUAGAAAUGUUUGAAAUUACUAUAUUUCUCGUCAUUUGGUUGGUUAUUUUACUAAUGAUCUUUUAUUUGUCUAAAAUAAUAACUUAGACCUAAUAGUUGAAUAGGCAGAUAAAAUAUAUUCAAUAGAUAAAUUGCAAAAAGGACAAAAACAAAAGUAAUGUCUUAAAGUAAUGGUUACUUUUUCACUACUACACUACUUUUGAUUUUAGCCGUAUUGCCAUUUAUUAUAAAAAUUUAGUCUUUUGAAAAUUUGGUUUUUUGAAAUCUAUUUUAAUCGUUUUUCGUUGUAAAAGGUGUCUCGUUUACAAGUUGAUUACAAUUAUGAUUUUAUUACAAAGAGGUAUUUUAUACAGAUUUAAAAUAAAAAAAAAUGUAUUAAAAACGAUAAAUUAGCAAAUUAUCUAAGCUUAGAACACAUUCGUCACUACUAUAAGAAGCAUUAGUGUUAAAGUAAUGUGUCAAAAUCGGGUGCUAUGCAAUCGGCAAUAAAAAGUUGUAGUUGAAUUAUAAAAACCCGAAUAAACGUAAAGUUAAUAUCAGUGGUUCUACAAAUUGAGGUCUAUCAUUUGUUAAUAAAUGAUUUGAGAGUAAAAUUUAUAUUACUUAAUGUGAGGGUUUUACAAUUUAGAAUCACGUAAAUGUUAGUUUUACGUUAUUGGGAUAAGUAAUCAGCUGCGACUAUUUUGCCGAUGCGAUUUUAAGUUUGAUUUUCGAUUUGUUCGCUAGAUGGUCUUUUGUUCUUGUCGCUCCUAAGGCCGGCCCUGUGUUAGAGAGAGUGAGCUAUAGUUUAGAAGACACUUAACGGAAAUCUGUAUCUCUUUAUGGAUGUUUUAGUUUUCUCUAGUCUAAAGUUAGAUGUACCGCUGUGUAACUAGGUUUAUUUACGAUUGUUUGCAAUGCCGGUACGUUUUAAGCAUUCUUCCAUAAUUAUUACGAUAAAGAAGCUAUAUUUUUAGUAUGAUAGUAUAGAAAAACUAAAAGGAAAGUAAUAUAUUUUUUAAACUAUUAAGGUGCUUAAGAGCGGGGUUCUAAAAUUCUCAUAGAGGUUAGUUUGGAAGGAUUUGACUAGUGUUAAGUAUAUUUAUUUUAAAUUUGAAGUUUGGGACCCCGUUUUUCGUCCUAUUGUAUAUUUGUGCCAACUUGGAGUUCAUAUAUUGCAAUAACUUUAAAAUUCGCUGUUCCCUACCGUAGAAUUUGAAUGAAUCUAUAACAUAUCUCAUUUAUGUAAGUUUGUGUAAUGGCCACUUGAUGUCAGAUAACUUUUUCAGUAUUAGGCUAUAUAUUUAUAAUGUAAGACUUUUAACAAAGUAAUUUAUUAAUGGUAGUACAGAUUGCGAGUGUAUUUUCAUAUAAGCGGUGUUGAGUAAAUAAAUCGGAUCAACCAGGUUUACUGUGAUUGGUCGAUUUCUGUUGUUGACUUUGCUUCUGUGAGAAUACACCCUAACUGUGAUUAUAUGUCUUCUAGCGAACGCGAGUUCGGAAUUAUUGGUCUCUUAGAGUAAACAAAGAUGUAUUUUAUAUAGAAACAGUGGAUUUGUAUUGUUGUAUUUUUCUAAAUUAUUGGAUUGAAUUCGGCAGCAUAAUAAAUAUAUCUCUUAUUCUAUAAGGUAAUAGCAACAAGGUUUCGUGAGCAAAGAGCGUUUAACUGGCAAUUUUACUAAAACGUGUGUUCCCAAAAUAGUUCGUACGCGCUUCAAAGAAGUUCCAAAAAGUAAUAUUUUAACAAAAUUAUAUAACCUGUUCUCUCGUACUCGAGUCUCUGGGGUUCGUUAAUUUUUAAUGAUUAUUUAAAGUAUUUAACCUUAACGGGAAAUGUAUAAUGUAUAUCAAGUUUUACAUCUGAUAUUGCUGUAUUUCAUAAAAAUUUUGAUUUUAUUAGAUGUUGUCUCUGCCUACCCUUUAGGGAAGAAGGCGUAAAAAUAUGUAUACGGGCUGUAUUUAGACGCUCUUUCUUCCGAAACUCCUGCGGCUGAGCAUUAUACUAAGCAUUUUUCUAACGUAGUCAAGGUAUCAUUCGCACAGGGGGAUUCCCCCGCAUAUUGUUACUCUCUUGCAAUUUUAAGCACUCGAUAUUUAUGUAUAUAACUUGUUAACAUUAAUAUUUUUUUAGUUUAUUUUGUAAUCUACGUUGAAAUAGCAGCAUGGAUGAGUUUUUUUUUGUUUUGUAUUUUUUUUUAAUAAAUUUAUUAAACACU